GCGGCCUUUCUGCACCUUAAGAGAGAGAGAGAGAGAGAGAGGGAGAAGGGGAGAGAGAGGAGGGAGGGUGGUGCUCAAUUCUCCAUUCUCACUUUCUUUCCUCCUUCAAAGACGACUCCUUUGUCCCCGACCCCUCAGUUGCUGUGGCAAUCGAGUAUACAGCUUCAAAAUUUGGGAAAAUUGUUUCAGGUCAUUUUCAGAAGCCAAAGUUUAAAUGGGAUGGAAAAAUAUUUGCAAAAGGCGCUUGAGAGUAUUCUCAGUUACAUUGAUGAUAUACCUGGACUAUAAGGCAGUGCAAAAGAAGGCAAAAUGGGUUAGCAAAGGGAAAGAGGAUGCUCUAUGGGCGAGAACCCAUGAGCGGAAUGCUAGACGGGUUCUCAAUUUGAUAAUAGAGCUGGAAGGUCUGUGGGUAAAGUUGGGUCAGUACUUGUCUACUAGAGCGGAUGUUCUUCCAGAGGCCUAUAUAGGUCUCCUCAAGCAGCUUCAGGACUCUCUUCCUCCUCGCCCUUUGGAAGAGGUUCGCCAAACAAUAGAAGAAGAAUUGGGAAAAUCUGUGGAUGAGCUUUUUUCAAGUUUUGAUGGAAAUCCACUUGCGACAGCUUCGAUAGCCCAAGUUCACCGUGCAACACUGAAAGACGGGCAAGAGGUUGUUGUGAAAGUGCAGCAUAUUGGAAUCAAGGAAGUUAUUCUAGAGGACCUAAAAAAUGCAAAAGCAAUAGUGGAGUGGAUAGCAUGGGCAGAGCCACAAUAUGAUUUUAGCUCAAUGAUAGAUGAAUGGUGCAGGGAGGCACCUAAAGAACUUGAUUUCAAUCAUGAAGCUGAGAAUACAAGAAAGGUUUCCAGAAACUUGGGGUGCAAAAAAGACGAUGAUGGUACAAGUCAUACGAAUUCUGUUAAUGUCUUGAUCCCAGAAGUUAUCCAGUCAUCAGAAAAGGUUCUAGUUUUGGAAUACAUGGAUGGCAUUCGCUUAAAUGAUUUAGAAUCAUUUGAAGCAUAUGGCAUCGACAAGCAAAAGUUUGUUGAAGAAAUCACACGUGCAUAUGCUCAUCAAAUAUAUGUUGAUGGAUUUUUCAAUGGUGAUCCUCAUCCAGGAAAUUUUCUUGUGAGUAAAGAACCACCAAAUAGCCCAAUUUUACUCGAUUUUGGUCUCACAAAGUCACUCUCAAGCUCAAUGAAACAAGCACUAGCAAAAAUGUUUUUGGCAUGUGCAGAGGGAAACCAUGUGGCUUUAUUGUCUUCCUUUGCUGAGAUGGGACUUAAGCUGCGGCUUGACAUGCCAGAUCAAGCUAUGGAGGUUUCCACCCUAUUUUUUCGUAGAUCCACACUUGCAAGUGAAGCACUUGAAAAUGUGAAGUCUUUGAACGGCCAAAGAGAAAAGAACAUGAAGGUCAUUCAAGAGAAAAUGAAUCUGGAUCAAAAGGAAGCUAAACGCUUUAAUCCUGUUGAUGCAUUCCCUGGUGACGCAAUUAUAUUUAUGAGGGUUCUAAAUCUUCUUCGAGGGCUUUCAUCUACUAUGAAUGUUAGAAUUGCCUAUCUGGACAUCAUGAAGCCAUUUGCAGAGGAAGCUUUACUUGGGAAAUUGAAAAAUUCCCCAAAGAUGAACAUGGAGUGGAUUUGCGAUACACCAGUACACUCCAGUGUAGAGGAGAAGUUAAGGCAGCUCUUAGUUCAGAUGGGGGAUAAAAUACUUGGGUUACAGGUAUGUGCCUACAAAGAUGGAAAAGUCAUAAUAGAUACUGCUGCUGGUGUGCUAGGGAGAUAUGAUCCUCGUCCUGUUCUACCUGAUAGUCUAUUUCCAGUUUUUUCUGUAACAAAAGGAAUUACAGCAGGGAUGGUGCACUGGCUUGUUGACAAGGGGAAACUCAAACUUGAAGAAACCAUUGCCAAUAUAUGGCCAGAGUUUGGCACCAAUGGAAAAGAUCUUAUGAAGGUUCACCAUGUCCUCAAUCAUACAUCUGGUUUGCACAAUGCUAUGGCUGAUGCCAUGCAGAACAAUCCUUUGUUGCUUUGUGACUGGGAUCAAUCGUUAGACUAUAUUGCUAAGUGCAGCCCCGAGACAGAAAUUGGUACUCAGCAACUAUAUCACUACUUAUCUUUCGGUUGGCUUUGUGGUGGUAUCAUUGAGCAUGCAUCUGGGAAAAAAAUUCAAGAAGUAUUGGAAGAAGCUAUAGUGCACCCUCUCAACAUUGAAGGCGAGUUAUACAUAGGUAUCCCACCAGGUGUGGAGUCUCGCCUCGCGACACUAUCACUUGAUACAGAUGAGUUGGAAAAGUUUUCUGCUAUCCAGUCCAGAUCCGAAAUUCCAGGCAGCCUUCAGCAGGGCAAUAUCCUAGAGAUUGUAACCACUAUACCUUUCUUCUUCAACACUCUCAAUGUGCGCCGCGCAAUCAUCCCAGCUGCCAAUGGACAUUGCUCUGCUCGUGCUUUGGCGCGCUACUAUGCUGCUCUUGCUACCGGCGGAAAUAUUCCAUCUCACUCUUCCCUCUCCAAACCGCCCCUCGGCGAUCUCCUCCACAUUCCAAAAUUCCCAUCUGCGAAGGCGAAGAAAAAGAGCAGAAGUUGCAAUAUCAGAACACCCAGCAUGGGUUGUAGUAUCUUCAGCCACAAUGAUGAUAGCAUAAACUACAACCUUGUUAGCAACAUGGUGGAAGAGGACACAAAACAGUGCAUGUUCAACAACCCAAACAUUCAUGAUGCAUUCAUGGGAUCUGGCGAUUUCUCGAACUUGGUCUUCGCAGAAGGUAAAUUUGGGCUUGGUUUCAGGACGUUCAAGUCGACCGAGACCGAUUCCCAUGAUACGAAAACCUUUGGACACUCGGGUAUCGGCGGCUCUACCGGUUUUUGCGACGUGGAGCAUAAUUUUGCAAUUGCAGUGACUGUCAACAAGAUGUCACUUGGUGGUGUCACAAGAAAGAUAAUUCAGCUAGUUUGUUCUGAGCUAAAGAUUCCACUGCCUCUUGAGUUUUCAGAGCAUGGAGAGAAAGGACCAGAUAUGCAGCUUAGUUUACAGCAAUCUUGAAAAGUAUCAGAAGCCAGAGAACGAUGAUAAGCAAGGUAUAUACAAGGGAUAUACGUUGUAAAAUAUAGGACAAAUUUUCAAAUUCCCUGACUCAGCAAUACCUGUUAGAUUAUACCGUUAAGUAACAAGUGUAAUUCAUGGUUAAAGAGGACUGUACUGGUUAAUUUAUCAUUUACCAUAUGAUCUGUGCUGAUCAAAAUGGAUAUUUAGUAAAUUCAAUACAUGAUAAAACAAUACAUGGCGAAAUUGGAAGAUCACAA